GUUCUUUUUUGAACUGGUGACUUUUGCUUAAGGUGCCGCCACUGGCUGGCAUCAACAUCUUUAAACUGUAUUGAAACUCUGACCUGGAGUUUUAGAGAGGCUUCAAAAAUGAGCACUUUGAGAGCAUGUAAAGAACCAUUUGCGGAGAGAAUCAACUCAGAGCCGGUGGAGGACACAGACACCACCACCUUUGUGGCAGAAUUUUCUUUAGAAGCCAAUUACCCGGUGCAAGUCACUGAUCCUAAUGAUGCUGUGACACUCCACCUGAGCUCCAUGCCCUCUGGAUACUUGAGCCCCUCCAACAGAAUCAGGCAGCCAGUGAAAGAUAGUGAAGAAUGUACCUGCCCAACAUCUACGUCACCAGAAGACUACCCCAAAGAACUCCAAUUACAGCUAAACAGCCCUUGUGAAAAAUGCUGUCGUCCUGCACCUCCUCCCAAGAUCAGUGACCUCCUGAACGACAAAGAUCUUCUGGACUUAUUGCGACUCAAGCUGGACCCGAACCACUGCACUGUCAAAAACUGGAAGAACUUUGCGAGCCGCUGGGGGAUGAGCUAUGACGAGCUCACCCUGCUGGAGUACCGGACCCAAGGUUCUCUGUCCCACAGCCCCACCCAGGAGUUCCUACUCCGUUACAACCAGAAACCUGUCACCGAGCUCACUGAACUGUGUCGCUUUUACCAGCGGAUCGACGUGUUGCGGUUGUUGCAGAGCUGGAUGGAAAAGGAUUGGCCAUCACGCUGGCAGCAAACAAAUUAACUUCUUUCACUAAUUAUCCACUGGGUGUUUCUCCUGUUUUUUCUUUAUGAUUUUUCUCAUAAUGUUUGAUAUACAUUGGACUCCAUAAUAUUGUUUGCCACCGUUUAUUGGAGUGCAACAAUAACAAAGAAAUAAACAGCUUCAUCUGAAUUUUUUUUCUCAGGAAAUUAUGGAUAACCAAAUAAAAUUUCGGAACACUCUGAAAUGUUGA